CCGAAUGUAGAGACGAUUGCGAUUGGAUAGAAAACUGAUUUCUUAUCUUUUAUCAGUAUAUUUCAUUGAUAUGAGUUUAUUUAUGCUUUAUCUUUUUUAUCAGAGGUGAAAGGCGGGAAGAUAAAAUGUUUUUGAAAACGCAGAUUUUUAAAGCAAUUUCAUUUAAAAAUCCAGUGAAGUUACCUCUGUCGUAUUGGAUUUUAGUUUUUAUAAGGUUUGCUUUGACUUUGAUACCGCAAAGAGGAUACAUACACCCAGAUGAGUUCUUUCAAAAUGUAGAAGUAAUUUCAGGUGAUAUAUUUACAAUCGACGUAGCUAGAACAUGGGAGUUCAAUCCUAAAUUUCCUGUACGAAAUAUUUUUGUACCUAAAAUCAUACUAGGCCCUCCCCUUCACCUUAUAAGAAUUCUCAACCCAUAUACAAAAAACCUUAUCAAUAUUGACUUGAAAACCCCCUACUACUUACUUACUUUACCGAGGCUAUUUAUUUGCUUCCUGUCACUCAUCAAUGAUUACUGUUUGUAUAGAGUAUGUGCUAUGUAUGGACAGAAUUUUAGAAAUAGACUAAACAUUUUUGCUACGUCUUAUGUUAUACUUGUAUAUUGCUGUAGAAGUUUCUCUAAUGCCUUUGAAAUGAUAUUUUUCUCUAUCCUUCUAUUUCUAGUAGCAGAAUGUAUGUACAAGUCAGAUGUGGUGAUAUACCACAGGGAAUUUUUGAACGAGAAAUAUAAGCAAGCAAAAACAUUAGUGGAAAAAGUUAAAAUUUUCAAACUGAUAACUCAUUUACCUGAUCAUUCUUUGAAUCAUGUCAUAUUUAUUGCAACAAUUGUAGUUAUAGGGAUAUUUAAUCGUCCAACUUUCAUUGGGUUUGCAUUCCCUCCAAUAUUUUUCUGGUUACACAGAGGCUUGGGAUCAAAAGUAGUCGGAUUUAAGGACUUCCAUUAUAGAAUAUUUUUAUUAAUUCUAUGUGGAAUUCCUACGGUUCUCUUACUCAUACUAGUUGAUUCUGGCUAUUAUGGCUAUCUAACUAUGGCUGACAUUGAAUCCUUAAAAGUAUCUUGGGACAACUGGGUCGUGACUCCCUUGAAUUUCGUACGAUAUAAUUCCGAUAUGAGGAAUCUCAUUGAACACGGACUUCAUCCACGGUGGCUCCACCUCGCUGUCAAUGUACCGCUUCUAUUUAAUGUGAUCGGCCUAAUGGCUUUCUUCACAAUAAUGAUACAUAUUUACAGAUUCGUCCGCGGGCAGUACAGUAAGUUACCGAGGAUACAAAGUAUCACAGGGCUGAUGAUAUUCUCAACUAUCAUUCCUGUUGGAAUAUUAUCUCUUUUCCCACACCAAGAGGCUCGCUUCAUCAUACCUGUACUGGUACCACUGGUUUUCUUGUACGGUAAUAAUUUAUACCCAAACGACAGCGAUGCUCAAAGAAUUAAGCUAUUGAAGAAAGUCCUUCGCAUCGUGUGGUAUACCCUUAACAUAGUGUUAACAUUGUUUUUCGGUUUCAUUCAUCAAGGUGGUAUUUAUCCAUUUGCGAGUAAUCUUCACCGGGAAAUUAAAAGUUCUUACGGAGUGCAUACGCACGUUAUUACGACUCAUAGUUACAGUAUACCUACUUUUCUUCUUCAACUGGAAAGUACGAAUACAAUUUAUAAAGACAAGUCAACCGGUCAUACCUACAAACUAGCUCCGACGACCUUUUUGAAUAAAUAUGGUUCAAUGCCAAUGGAAAAUAUUUUUAUAAAAGUAGAUGAAGUAUUAACCAAUGCAGAAAAAUUAUUACAUAAAUAUGAAAGACAGUAUAGGUUUUAUCUCGUCUCACCGUGUUCUUUGGAGCAUAAAAUAAGUCACGAGAGUAGUAAAUAUCCUCAAAUCGAUUUGAGGGAGGACUUUUCCUACUACCCUCACUUUUGUUCGGAGGCACUUCCCGAAUUUCCUACCAGACAUGAUCAGUUCUGUUCUGAACAUAACAUGCUGCGAGCAAAUGCAUCUCGCGCCGUCGAUCUGACAAUGUAUCAACGAAUCUCAUGUUACUUUAAAAGAUUUUGUUUAAGAGUAUAUCGAAUAAGUCCCGCAACGAACUUUGUAAUCGAUCAUUAGUAAGUAAGUAUUCGUAUAAUAUUGCUCGAUUAUAGAUCUCUUUUUCAGACAUUAUUUUGUUAUGCCGAUCUUAGAUAUGGGUUCAAAUGCUUUAAAUAUUUUAGCUCAUUGUGAAUAUAUAUUAUAUAUUAUUAUCUCUGUACGUAGGUAUAUCUUAUUAGAUGUAACAUAAUAUAUAUAAUGCUUAAGAGUGCUGUAUCGAUAGAUUUUCUUUUUUUAUAAAUAAUAUAGAACUAUUUCAAAUAAAUUCGUCCACCUAGGGUAACAUCACUUACAUGACUGAAUUUUGUACUGCACAGUGCAAGAUGGUAAUUCAUAUCUUUUAUCUGUUAGUAACCUACACUCUGAUACUGAUGAACGUUUAAAAUAGAGCACCGGUAAUUAUAUUGUUUGACUAGAUACCAAAUAUUUGUCCAAAUAUUUCCAAAUUUAUGAUAAAACGUGAUAUUGUAUGAUACCUAUUUAAAAUAUUUGAGUACAUUUCUGGGACCGGUUACAGCUAGUGACAAACUUACAUUUCAUAAGCUUAGUUAUUGUAAAUAUAUAGCAUUUGUAUAAAAGUUAAGCAUAUAUAAAGCAUAAAACAAUGAAACUGGACGAUGUCUAUGUGUGUAAUGUAUAAUAUAGAAAAAUAUGUACGUAUUAAACUACAUCGCCUGAUAAAUGAUAGCGAAAAUGACGACAUAGAUUUUAAUAAAAUGUCUGAUUUUAAUAAAGAGUAUUGCUAAUAUUGCUUGUAAAUAAAAGAAAAGGGUUCUGUAAAUUAUAACUAAACAUUCCAACUUUCCAAUGUUAGUUAUAUUAGUGGGAAAAACAUGACACUUCAAUAAUUAUAACAUACAUAGUUUAAGAGUUAUUUGAAGGCAAAUUAUAUUUGAGCUUUGCGUUAAUUGCCUAAGGCUCUACAUUUCAUUUGGACCUGCGUUGUUUGUGAUAUUCACUAAAUUUAACAUCUCGCCACGAUUACCAUUUGAAUAGAAGUUUUAAUUUUAGCACAUGUUUCACAGGCUUAACUUCCUAAGUAACACUAAAAUAUUGCUUUUCUUAUUUAUCGUUGUGAAUUUGUGAUAUAUGAAUAAACAAUUAUUUUGGAUUAAUCAUUGUAGUCUAGUAAUUACAUUUGAUACUUGACAAAUUUUAUAAAGAAAAAUGUACGUAGAUAAGAAAAAUGAUUCGUAAUGAUUUUUUUCAGAAAUAAUUUUCUAAUUAUAUUUUGUUUAAGUUUAUAGUUAUGGACAGAGUACUAUCAAUAUCUUACUCAGUGUAAUGGUGAACUGCGAAGCCUUAGACUUCAACAGAUAGUUUCAAAUACAUUCCAUGUUAUGUAAUUCUUAAUUUCGCAUUCCGUAGUUGUUUUGUGUAGUUCCAACUACUUAAACCAGCCUAUUAAUUAACAGCUAAUGUUUGCCAUUUUACUAAAUGACCCGUUCAACCAGCGGCCUUAAUGACACCAGCCAUUACAUCUUCCGUUGAACGGCUAGGCGUUUAGUGAAAUGGCUAUCACGUUUCAUUGAAUGUCCAAAUUAACCAGUCAGCUGCGACGGUUAAAUUUUAUAUUUCCUGUCAAUUAAAUUGGCUUUGUUAUAUGAGACCUACGCCGUCGUUGACUGGAUUUUGUAAAAUUUCAAUUAGAUCUAACAAUUUAACGAAAGUCACUAGUCACGAUUUUAGCAAAAAAUACUCAAUUUUAUGAUAUGCCAUAUAAAUGUACCUAUAAAACAUAUGUAAGGAACCUACCUUUAUUAAUUUAUAGUGUUAGUUGGUUUUUUGUGUUAUGUUAUAUAUUGUUUAAUUUAGUAAACGUAUCUUUAAUGAAGGAAUUA